UAAGAGUAGGUUCUUUGGAGCCCCACGGCCGACUCAGUGAUCGGAGAAGUGACGUUCAGCCCUCUUCCCGAAUCAAUGACCUGAGGCAAACGUCCCCUCGUCUCCUCAAGGCUCUGGCCUCCGCUUCUCCGGCCUGUCGCCUGGGCCCGCCGGGUCUCGAGGGUUCCUUGCGGCGCCCCGCCCCCAGCCCCUCAUUGGCUCCCUCGGGGCACGUGAGCGAAGAGGGCGUGCUCGCGGCGGCGUGGUCCGGCGGCGGCACCUUGCAGCCUGUGGGGAUGAGAGGCUGGGCGGCCUCGGGCCUGGGCCCGCAUGGACCCCCUGGCGCUUGGCCGGUGGCGACGGCGGAGGCCAGAGGAGCUGCAGGUUCUGGGGGACGCGAAACGGGCAUGCAGGAGAUUAGAAGCAGCGGCGCAGGAGUGGGGCUGCCCCCAGGUGAAGGUGCGCGUGCCCGCAUCCUGGGGCAGCAAGGAGCCCGAGUCACCAGAUGCCCAGCCCAGAGGCCACCUCCUUGCACCGAGGCCAGACGGUGGCCAGGGGCGACCAAGCGUGGGGGUUCCUCAGGACGGUGGAAAGAGCUGGGCCCAGCCUUGCCCAAGAUGCAUUGCGGGGGAGUCUGUGUCGCAUCUUCCCUCCAGCUACACCUCGGAAGAGCCAACCCCAUUGCGUAGAGGACACAUCGCUAGAAGCUUUCAUUUCCGCAGCAGUCCCUGCGGUGGGCUGUGUAGCCAGGCCGUCCUCUGGGAACUCAGACACUGUACAGUGAUUCACACCCAUAUGGAGCCACGUCACUUCUCGCUCGGGUCGUCAGAUACAGGCCAUGGAGACGUUGGAUGCUCACGACACCACACAGCCAGAAGGCAGCUGCCGAUGAGCGAGGAGCCCUCCUCUCAGGGAUGGAAGACGAGCAGGUGCUUCCUUCCCCAGGCAGGGGAGGCUAAACCAAGCCCAGGACUGCGGGACCACGGGAAGGAGGUGGAAGGAGAUAUUUUGCAGACAGAACAGGAGAAGCCAUCUGACCACACCUGCAGAGAUUUAGAGGGACGCGGCCACGAGCCAGCGAAGCCGGCAGCCUCCAGGAGCUGGGAGAAGCGAGGAACGGAUAAUGGAUUUUCCCCUCGUGAUUCCAGAGGGAGCUCGGCCCUGCUGACGCCUGACUUCAGCCCGGUGAUCAGUGUAGGUUCACAUGCAGUUGUAAAGAAUAGUGCAGAGAGACCCUGUGUCCGCUCUACCUGGUCUCUCCUCAUGACGACGUCUUACACAACUGUGGAUCUUUUGCAGAGCAACAUCUUAUGUUCACACGAAACCCUGUACAUGAAUGUUGGUAGCAGCUUUAUUCGUAACAGCCUAAACCAGGAAUCAGCCCAGAUGCCGACUUCAAUAGGACGGGAAGAGAGAUGGACGAACAGCAAUGUUCUGAGCUGGAGAGUGGUUUCCAUCUUCCAUUCUAUCAAGGUGUACAGUGGCCAAUGAGAGCACACAGAUGUGGACCGUGACAGAUGAAAUGGAUGCUGAUUUUUAUGUGGCUGAGAGAACUGGGCUUAACCUGUGAGAUCCAUGGAAGGCUUUCCCAAUGCAAACAUCACCAAGCUGUUUCCUGUUUCUUUCGCGUGUCCGGCUGUGACACUACAUCUCCCGCUGCAUGCGGGCAGGGCUUCCUCACCACACCUCACACACAGCUGAGCCUGGCCUACAUGAAUGUUUGGGGGUGGGGGGAAGGGAGGGCAGUGGAGGGGCAGCAGUCACUGUAUCCAGUAAGCGAGGCACAGAGAAAGUCAAUGGCUUCUACUCAAGGAUACCUCUCUGCCAAUACUGGUGUGUAAAAAUGAGGCCAUGGGGGGCCUCCUCUCAACGGCUGAGCUCUCUGAGUUUCUCUCCAUAAAAAUGACAGGUUUGCUCCAAGCACCCCAUCAGAUCAUGUCAUUUCCCUCACGCACCCACCAGACCUACACCAUUCCUCUCCCAGGCCCCUGACCCCUGAAUCACUACCUACGUGGCUAAAUGUUCUCCAUCCAUUCCUCAUUCAUGUAUAUAUAUAUUCGUAUAUAUGUACAUAUAUAUAUAUAUGUAUACACACAUAUAUAUCUCCCUUGAGGACCUACCAAGGGUGAGCCCAGGCUCCUUAGUCGAGCGGUGGCUCAGGAGGAGAGAGGUGCCACAGAGCAGUGGGCACCUGCAGGGCGGCAGAGGCUCACGGGCACAUUCGGAGAAGGAACCCUGGCGACAGCAGCCUUUGGGGGACGGGAGCAGGCAAGACUGUAGGGCGUGGUGUGGGAACUUGGGGUUAAACAGCAAGAAGGAAGGUUGGACAGCAAAGGGUCACCAAGCCAUCACUAGAGGAUGGAACCCCUCCCUUCAGCGCCCCCCUGUCAGCACCCCACCCCCAUCAUUCCACAGCCGACCUGACCAAACUGAGCAGAGGCAGUUUCAAGGCUCCAUGCAUGCAAAGUGAUUUCAAGACAUUGGACCCCCCCCCCCCGCGCUUCCCCCUUUGCCUCUGAAGGCACACGUGGCUGCACCUUGUAAGGACCAGAGCUCUGGAGUCCAGCGCUGGGGCUGGAGUCGCAGCCUCCUGGCAGUGUGACCAGGACAUGUCCUCCGUCUUUUCUGUGCAUGUGCCUAUCUUGGGGUGCUGGCACAUAACAUCCAAUACAUGUGAGCUGCUUUUAAAAACAUGGGUAAUUUUAUGUCCUAAAAUACUGCAUACUGCUUAAAUAGUUUCAUGCUGGCUCACAUUAAAAAUGAUUCCCAAGUGAAGAUGACAAGGGGGAAAUAUUCGUUAUUUAGUUCUUUUCUUACAUUAAGCUAUCAUAAUAAAGUACAUUUCUGGGUUGCA